UCUUCGUCUAUUUACAGGUUCCUUGAAUUCCUCCGAUGCUUCAUGGCAUCUUGAAUCAGUUGUUCGUGUGACAAUCGGAGUAUUGGUCGUCGAAUGAGCUAAAAUGAAGUCGACGGCCUCUGGAAGAGAAGGAGAUACGUCCAUUUGGCUUCACAACAAGCUAGGAACCUCAAAUGAUACCUGGGUUGGAGGCUCUAUUUGUUCUCAGUACAAUCUGGAAGUCCUGGGAAACAUACGCGAGUGUUUCGUUUACCUUCAGCCGCAAGUAAAAUUGAAACUACUGCUUUCAUUUUUCCACAUUCCUUGUCGAAAUGCGGAUGAAUGGCACUCAGAGCUGAAAGAAAUACUCGAGCUGGGUCGGAUGGACUCUGAUCCCUGGGUUGCAAUGGUUGCAGAAAUCAUGCUUCCGUUCCCUUCCACUGGCUCACUUUCCGAGGAAUUCAAUGCUUCGGAAUCAUCUGGUCAAAUUUUUCACCUGCUCCUGAAAGACCUUCGGAAAAUUAUUCAUGAUGCUCCAGAUGGAGGUAUUUUGACGCCUUUGGAGUCGAGAUUCUUGAAUCCCAAUGCCUUGAAUGAGCUUUAUGGGCCGUGUGAGCAACCAACUGCGCAUUUCAAACUGAAACGCAAGCCGAAAGCUGCUGCCUUACGUGCAGAAUUAUUAAAUAAGAGCAUUGAGGCUGCUAAUCAGAUACGGAAACACCCCGUACCCACAGUACCUUUACGUUCUCGUGGAAUGCCCAGGAAGUUGACGGACACGACACCUUUGAAGGGUAUUCCCAGCAAGAGUUUGUCCAAUUUCGGUCGUCCUUCUGCAAGAGUGGGUGUUCGUUCACUUGCGGGACCCAAGGAAGGAGGAAUCAAAUUGCUUGAAAUCACGGAACAUUUGCACGGACCGGGAAUGAUGAAUCCUUCAAGUUCUGCGAAAAAGAAGGGGAAGAAAGCGACUGAAACGGACGCCUCUGACAAAACCAACCCGCAGACAUCUCCGACAAAAAAUUCAGUUUCUGCAGCUGAUCAGAAAAUUCCGGACUACGCAGUGAAUUUAGUGAAAAGUGAGGACGCUACUGUGGGGCCUUUUCAUCCUGCCUCCCCCGAGCCAAUGGUGGAUUAUGAAACGGAAAAUUUGAAGCAUCAGGUUUUGGAGUAUCAGGCGAGUGUCAUUGAGCAGCAGCCUAGUGCCAUUUUGAGAAGAGAAAUACAGACGCAAACAGCCAAUAUUCAUGCGCAAAAAGGUGUCCUGGAACAUCCAAAGGCCAUUGUUCCACCAGCUAGAUCAUCAGGGAAUGUUCAGACAAUUACGUAUGCCACGCUGCAACCUAUGCAGGCUGCUGGUCCGUCUGGAGCGCAAAUUGUUCAACAGCAACAGCUGUGUCAAGUUGCUGUGGCAGCUGGGCCAGAUGGGACUCAACACCUGGCCCUGGUUCCUGCCCAGAUUGUCCAGACUAUGCAAACUGGCGUCAGAACCGUGCAAUUCCCUGCUGGCUCACCCAAUACCGUCGCCACGAUUCUAACUCAGCCGCCUGCUCAGCAAACUCCUGCUCCUCCGCCGCCCAAAAAGGGCUUAUCACUUACGAGGGAACAAAUGGCUGAAGCUCAGGAAAUGUUUCGCACUGCAAAUCGGGUCACAAGACCAGAGAAAGCUCUUAUUCUGGGAUUCAUGGCUGGUUCAAGAGAGAAUCCGUGUCCUCAUCUGGGAAACAUUGUUACCAUCAAGCUGAGCGAAGAGCAGGAAACGAUGCGCCAGGCAAAUGGUGCACUUGUCCCUGUGUCUGUGGAAACCCUUUUCCAGAUGAACUACAACACUGGAGAGUGGAGAAGGCUGCGGAAGCACAGGUCGUUGCAGCCCAUGCAGUGAUUCGUAUUUUGAGCUUUGAUCCUCUCAUCUUUUUUGUGAAUUUGUUAUCAUUUGUGUGUAAUUGUUUGAUGGACAUUUUCUGAUACCAGUGUAUGUACGAUUCUUGUCUGUCUUCUGGAAAGGGUUUUUUCUUCAAUUUUCUUUUUUUUUUAAUAGAGAAAAGGCUAGGCUAUAUGUUCUCAGAAAAUCCGAGGCACUUUCGAAGAUAGCCUCGAUGAUAAUUCGAGUACCUGGGAGUGACAUGAGUACAGUCCUUCAAUUUGUGCAAGUUAUUUUUUUUUAGUUUGCAAUUUUGAAGCGUGUGCUUUCCAAAAAGAAGAGGAAAAAUUUGCGCCAGUGGAUGACCUGUCAGCUUUUUUGUUUGUUUUGUUUUUCGUUCCGAGCAUUCCUGAUGCAAUAAUUGUGUGUAAUUUAGUACAGUACAGUACUUGAAGAUGAGGCUGGACAACGUGUUCCUUGUUUUAUGCAGUCAUGUUCUCGGAACGAGUUUGUGUUUGCACGAAUAUAUAUUUUUGCGUAUGUUUUGAACCUCGGUUGUUGCAUUUGGAUGGAAUGAGGGUUCGGCAUGAUUUUGAAACUCGAGAAUGUUGGUGAUCGAAACUAAUACUGCAAUUGUUUGUUGAUUUGCUUCGAAGUGACUCACUGUAUUCAAAAUCGAUUGUUCCCAUCCUGAGUUUUCUUCAAUUCGAUUUAAAUUAAAUCGAAAGUAUGUUUCGGACGUUCUUUGCAUUCUUUCAUGCGAUUGGUGGGAUGCACGCGUGCGAAGCGUGUGGUACUUGUGAUAAAACUGUCGAUCAUAACUUUCCCCGAUCGACUUGCAUCACUCAUUGAAUCGGCUGCAAAAUAAUGUUGGCAGGACGCGUUUGGCUUGCUGGAGUUUUUUGCAUUGAUGGCGUGAGGAAGAUGCUGUUUAAAAAGGGCACAAGUUUCAUCAAAAAUUUCGAAUGAUAUACUUUUUUUGUGACUGUUCUUGCUGAAGUUGAAUGCCCCCCCUGUUGGUUCUGUGUCCCUUGAGCUAAGAGAAAUGAUUGUUGAAUCAUAGCAUGACUAACCAGAAACACAAAUCGCAUUAGCGUUCCUGAGAAUUAGCGUUUCUGCUGGGGCUUAUUUCAAAUAUUCUUGGAUGAAUUAGGAAAUUUUGGUUCUACGCUCAAAAGUCAACAAAAUCAAUAAGACUUGUGCUUGUCCAAUUUCAGUAGAAUUUAUUGAUGGAAUUUAGUUUUGGUUCAAAUGGCAUAAGUGUAAGAAGUGGAUGUUAUUGACAUUUAAGAAAUAUGUUUCUGUUGCUUACCCGUCUGCAAAUUUUGCUGUUAUUUCUCUGAGAACUACAUGUUGCGUACUUUCUUCCGGAAAA